AUGGAAGAAAUAAAUACUUAAAAAUAAGAGGAUUCCCCAGCUCCCUCUGGAAGUUGAAUUGUUACUGUUGCGGUUACAAAAGAAAAAAUAUAGCCUGAAGAAGACUUUGAAUUAUAAGCACUAUUUUAUAAACUUAAUUCAACAAUUGAUGAAACACCAUUUCAUGAAACAAAAUGCCAAAAAUAGAAGCAAGAUUUAUCUUACAAGGCUGAGUUCAUUAUGACUCAUUUUAUAAAGUUCUAUAUUUAUUAGCUGGUAAGAUUUAAAUUUUUAAAGUUAGAUGUUUUACAUUUUUGGACCAUUUGUUUAUCUAUUCCUUGUUAAUAAACCAGCUUUAAUGUUUAACUUAGGAUUUUGGUCCUGUAGAUAAGAUGUAGUUUUUUAAUAUAUUUAAUGGGUAGGACAUAUAGUUUGCCUUUUAAUGUAUUUUUAUUUCAAAUCUCUUUCCUCAUUAGAAAUCGGUCAAUUAUGGUUUUCAUUAUUAACCAGAUCUAUUAUAGUUGCUGCCAAAUUCUCCACUCUUAAUGAGGAGCGAGUUGCACUAUAUGAAAAUACACUUUUAAGUAAGAACAUUAUUUAUUUUGAUGUUGUAUUAUUUGAUUGGGCAAUUCAAUCCAAAAAAAUCAAAAAUUUAGAAAUAGCAAAAGCAGCCAAAAGACAUGGUUUUGAUACAUAAUUCUUUUACUUUGAUUUUUUAGUUGAACCAUUAAAAGAAACACAAAAUGCAUUAUUUGAUGACAAAGAAACCUAAUUAAAUCUCCCUCUAAGGGGACUUAUAGUGGAAUAAAUUUGAUUUCCUAUUUUAUUGAUUCGUAUUAACAGCUAAACACAAGAAAAAAUCAAGUUAGCGUGGCUCUCCUAAUCAGCUUUAUUGUUGUAAUCACUCCAAAAGUUUUAGCUUAUGAGAGAUAUCUAUAAAACCCAGCUGAAAUAUUCUUGAAUAUCAUCUGUGGAGUAUUUUAGAUUCUUUAAUUUAAUUGCAUAUUCUUAUACCUACUGAUUUCACUUGAAGAUAUGAAAAGAAAAAUAUUUUUAUUAGAUUAAGUGUAUUAUUUAAUCAGCACAAAAAGAGUACGUUGUAAUGAAUUUAAAUUAACACCAACAAUUGAUAUCAAUUGUCCAAGAACCAUAGAGGCCUGGAGUAUGUUAAGAUCUAUAGCCUUUGAUUAUGGGGCCUCUUACCACAUAAGGAACUAAAUCUAUCAUACUAUUUUAAUUUUAUGUUCUGUUGCAAGUAUUAUUUUUGCUUUUUAAAUUAUUUUGGAUUAUUUCUAACUGGAUUAUUACUAUUUGAUUACUUUAGGGAUUGUCUUUUUAAUAUUUUUGUUUUUUAUUUCCUUAUAUUUGUUAAGUACAGCUAAAAUUAAUUAAUUUUUUGAAGAUUUUAUAUUUCAUAAUAGAAAUAAUUGUCUUUAUUUACAAGGGGUAUGGAUUAUUUUACCCUCCAAAUAAAAUAGGAAUUGAAAUAUUCUUACAAUUUUUAUUGGCAUUCUGCUAAUUCCCUCGAUUGAUAUUAGGAUCGAUUGGCAAUAAAACUGAAUCUCCAUCAUAAAUUUUAUGGUACCCAAAAUAACUAUUUUAGGUUUGUUUUACUGAUUUUCCCUUGCAUAUUCCUUUAUAUAUUUUUCAUAGUCUUAUAAACUUAUGUUGUAAUUUUAGAGAUAAUAAUAAAUGUGAUUGCGUUGAUAUUUAUUGUCUUCGAAUUUGUAUUUAGUUUAUCAGCAUUUUUAACUUUAAAAACUAUGAGAAGCAACAAUGAGUUGAAAAUUAUAAAUAUUUAUAUAUAGUUAGUGAGCAAUAAAAAAUUUACAUUAUAAAAUUUAAUAUUAUAAAUGGAGGACAAUAGAAGAAUAAUUCAUGAUAAAGAAUCAUUAAUUAGCAAUUGA